CUUUUUUUUCUUUUUCUUCAUCUCAUUGUUACCACAACCAUCUAUCUAUUGAGGGUGAGAACAUUAUGUUCUCACCUUCCAAUCUUUCUAACUUACUCGUUCUUUAAGAUUUACAAUCACAAAACACAUAGGACAGAUGACGAACAAAUUACUAAAGAUGAAGAUGAAGAUUACUUUUUGAGAAAGACAGAUGACGAAAAAAUUACUAAAGAUGAAGAUGAAGAUUACUCUUUGAGUAGGACAAAUGAUGAAAAAAGUACUAAAGAUGAAGACAAAGAUUAUUCUUUGAGCACGACAGAUGAUGAAGAAAUUACUAAAGAUGAAGAUGAAGAUUACUCUUGGAGUAGGACAAAGCUGGCAGAGGAUAGAGGAAACUUUCCUCCACCAAUUUCAUCGCUAAAUGGCCUUGGACAACCUAAAUUCAUUUUCGUACCAAUAAGAGAAAAUGGAAGGAUGCAACUUAAAAAAAUAAGAAUAAGAAGACCUAAAAUUCUCCAUGCUACACGAGAAGAUGGACGAUUGAGGUUAUUUCUUGUUCGGGAUGAUAAUGCAGAAGAUGAUAUAGAAGAAAUGGAAGAGGAGGAAAAACAAGAACUAGUUGAUGAUGAUGAUGAUGGUGUGAAAGAAGCAAAAGAAGAACAAUUUAUAGUUGAAUCAAUAAAGGAAUAUGAAGAAGGUAAGGAAGAGGUUCAAGAGACAAGUAUUUAUGACCCUAAGGAUAUUUGUAUUGAAGGGUUGCAACUUCCUAGCCAUAGUUUUAUGAAAUAUUAUGAAAUUCUUAAUCAUUUUGAACAUCAUCAUAAUGCUUUUGGGAGUCAUCACCAUCUACCUAUGUAUGGACUUUGUAAUGCAUGAAAUUAAGUUUGAGACUCUUACUAGGCUCAUGUUAGGCAUCACUGCCACUACAUGAAAUUAAGUUUUUGGAGGCUCAAAUAUGAUAUUUAUACUUUUGUUUUAUUGAGAAUGUA